UGCCGAACCUUGCGGUACCCCAGGCAGGAUUCCGUCUGCGCCCGCUCUCUGCUGCUCGCGUCUGCCUCUCUGCCACGUACAGACGGAUCAAUACACAAAUCCACUAGUUGUCCACUGUACUACUAAAGAACUAAAUGCAAGAAUUUAACGCCAAAUCUGUGGAAGUCGUUUGUGAUAUUUAGUAUUCCCGGAUAAUAAUAGCAACAACAACAACGAGGAGGAGGAAGUGACGGAACUGUUCUCUGCUGUGCGAUAUAAUAUACAUGUGCGAGACAUCCUCGGUUCAAAUUCAACACAACCAUCUCGUAUUCAUUAGCGGCAUUAUCAUUAUAGUAUGCUGCUGCAAUUCGUCGAGACUUCACUCCUCUCCUCAACAACAUAAACAAAGAUCAACACUGCGGUGGACCCGCCGCUCCAGUGUUCCUUUAGCCUCAAAGUAUCGUUUAUAGUUUAGCUAUUCCCCAGUUUGUUUUCGAAUUUUACUAUUAUUACUAUUUGUGUAUUAUAUUCAUUGGUGGUGCGCGAUUUUCGUAUACGUAUAUUAUUAUCAUCAACCUAUUUUAACCAUUAUUGUUUGGGAAUUUAAAAUGACUUGUGUUUUUCUGCCGCUUGGAAGACGUGUUUGCCCCCCUACCGUUCACCGCUACGAAUAGUGUCGGGGCCUCCAUAUUUAUCUCUGGCUGGCUAGACUGACAUGGAGCACUAGUAAGAUGCGCGCCCCCGUCCCCUCCGAGCCGAACUACACAUUUCCUACCUACCAAGUGCCUCAAGUGUCAGCCAUGAGGGGCCGCGCACCCCCAGUACAAGUCGCUCGGACAGCAAGGGUGGUUAGAGCCGAACCCCCAAGUGUGUCCCCCUGCGUUCCCUCGAACGCGAAAUCUGUGAUAUACGGCUCAAGUUGCCCUUCCGGCAACUCUAAUCUUAGGAUGCAAUCUGUGACCGAAAACUGUCUUCUGAAUUCUGUUACCGUACCAAAAAUACAACGUAACGUAGCCCACAAUAAUAGCGAUAAGUUAGCAUGUAAGUCUGGUGCUUUACUCCUCGGACAAGACAUUCCCGGCAACCAAAAGGCUGAUAAUAAAAUACCCCCCGGACUGACUACUACGCAGUACCUAGAUGAUGUUACAAUUACUAGCACCGCCAGCAGCUCCUACUCACUGGCCAGACUCAUCGAGAUGAGCAGGCGUACCAGAGAGUUGCAGCAACUCGGCGCCCCCAUGCCUGCCAUGCGACUGCUCGGUGGCGGUGAGAGCUCCAUCAAUACCGGCACCUCAGGAUGGGGCUCGCCGCCCACCCAACAGGCCAGUAAUAAUAAUGCGAAUACCUCCAGUGGUUGGGGCACUGCCAAUCCUGCCAACCAAAAUAAUACGGGGACCCAGCAAUGGAAUAAUAACGCCAAUCGGCCCCCAACUUCUGGUCCCGGCAAUACUAAUCAAGAUGUGAACAAAGCCAAUUCGAACUUACCUCCAAAUGGUCAAGCGCCUGCCGCCACUCAGGGCAACACAGGAUGGGGACAGGCCGGUCCGAAGCCGCCCACGACUGUGGCCCCGCCAACAGCGAACUCAAAUAAUGCGCAAAAUCAAAACAACCAACCCGCUGGACCAGCGGUAAACUCCACGACUAAACAACAGCUCGAACAACUCACCAACAUGCGCGAGGCCAUCUUCAGCCAGGACGGCUGGGGCGGUCAACACGUCAACCAGGACACUAACUGGGACAUUCCCAGCAGCCCGGAGCCGCAGAAUAAGAUGGACGGUUCUGGCAACGGAGCGCCACAUCCAUGGAAGCCGACCGUGAACAACGGCACGGAACUUUGGGAAGCGAAUCUUCGCAGCGGCGGACAACCACCACCGCCACCGCAGCAGAAAACCCCUUGGGGUCACACUCCGUCCUCGAAUAUCGGAGGAACCUGGGGUGAAGAGGAUGAUGCCGCCGACAGCAGCAAUGUUUGGACAGGUGUUCCGUCCGGUCAACAGCAGCAGCAACAACAACAACAAUGGAGUGGAAAUAAUAGCAAUUCGGGAACCAUGUGGGGUGGACCCAAGAAGGAGAACGAUUGGACUAGUUCGACAGGGAACACCAAUUGGGGCGAUCCUCGUGCUCCCGAUCCCAGGGCGUCUUCGAUAGACCUACGCGAUAUGCGUCCAGAUCCACGGGACAUGAGACCUGGCAGUACAGAGACUAUGCGCAUCAUGGAUCCUAGAGAGCAAAUGAGAAUUGUUAGCGGUGAUAUGCGUGGAGAUCCCAGAGGAAUAACGGGUAGAUUAAACGGUUCUGCAACGGAGGGUUUCUGGGCUCAGAGCGUUCCGCAAGCCAGUGCUCACCACAUUCACCCACACGGAAAGACUCCAGUGGGUCCAGGUAAUGGAGGUGCUGGCUGGGAAGAGCCUUCGCCACCGUCCCAAAGACGCAAUAUGCCCAACUACGAUGAUGGCACUUCCCUCUGGGGCAAUCCUCAACAAGGUUCUCACUGGAAAGAUCUGCCAACAGGAGGUGGAGGUGCUGGAAACAUGGCAGGCCGUGGUGGAGCUGGAAAUGGACCACCAGGUAUGGCUGUGCCCGCUACUCGCGUCCCCAUUAAAGGACCAUCCGAUGGAAACAGCGUCUGGCGCAAUGGAGGUGGAGGAGGAGGUGGUUGGGUUGAUGAACCUGGUCCAGGAGGUGUAACAGGAUGGGGAGAAGAUACUGGUCCAUGGCCAAAGCAGAAGUCUAUGGGUGGAGGAGCUUUGCCACCGCUCUGGCCAGACAAUGAUAUGGAUUGGUCUCACAAGCAGGGUCCGAAGAAGCAAUUAACACCAGAAAAUAUUUGGAACUCAAAGCAAUUUAGGGGAUUAAUCGAUAUGGGAUAUAAGAAAGAGGAUGCUGAACAUGCCCUAAGGGUUCGAGACAUGAACAUGGAAGAAGCUCUAGAUUUCUUGAAUACUUCUGUUCGUAAUCCCAGCAUGGAUGGAUGGAACAGAAGACACGAGGACCAUUAUGACCAUCAACAGUUUCCUGGUCAAAGAGGAUUUCCUUCUGGGCCUUCUGCUCAACUUAAUUUCCAACCAGGAAAUAAUACACCGAAUUUGUUGAAUAACAUGGGAAAUUCUUCAGCUGGAGGAAACAACUCUCUUAUCAAUAACAUGUCACCAGCUAUAGUACAGAAGAUGUUAUCUCAGGUUAGCGGCGUGUCUCAAGGGAAUGGCGGAGCGGGAGGUCGUUCGAUGCAACCCCAGUCCCAACCUUCAACUGCACAACUUCGCAUGUUGGUACAACAAAUUCAAAUGGCUGUCCAAGCUGGUUAUCUAAAUCACCAGAUAUUGAAUCAGCCACUAGCUCCUCAAACGCUGAUCCUACUAAACCAACUACUGCAGCAGAUCAAGAAUUUGCAGCACUGGGCCAACCAGCAAACAAUGGCACAGAGUAUGGUCUCCUCGAAGCAGAAUUAUCUACAAUAUUCACUCGCAAUCACGAAAACGAAACAGCAAAUACAAAACUUGCAGAACCAGAUCGCUGCUCAGCAAGCGAAUUACGUAAAGCAGCAGCAACAACAGCAGCAGCAGCAACAGCAUGAUAUGUUUAAGUCAAAUCCAAUGCAUGAAACUCUGCACAGUUUUAGCGAUCUCGUCAUUAAGGAUAACCAGAAUCAAGGUCAAUCUCGUUUAACGCAAUGGAAGUUACCUCCAACGUUAGAUAAGGAUGAAGGUGGAGACUUCAGUCGCGCGCCGGGUUCAGUAUCAAAGCCUUUGGUACCUUCCCAUAGCUCACCAAAUUUGAAUCCUUUGGGACUAACACAAACGGAUGGCCCAUGGUCCAGCGGUCGUAGCAAUGCCGGCGAUGGCGGAUGGCCAGAUAGCGCUCCUGGUGAUACCAUGGGGUCAGAUAUCAAGGAUGUCCAAUGGGCGGCUCCGUCGCAGCCUUCCCUCACAGAUCUCGUACCUGAAUUUGAACCAGGGAAGCCCUGGAAGGGAAACCAAAAAUCAAUUGAAGAUGAUCCCACCAUAACUCCAGGCUCCGUGGUAAGAUCUCCUCUAUCGCUGCCGACAAUAAAAGACAGCGAAUUGUUCAAUAUAAAUCCGAGUAAAUCUCCACCGCCUGGUGCUGAUACAAUCCAACCGCUAAAUAUUAGUUCCUCCACAUGGACAUUCAAUCCACCAUCGUCAUCGUCAAGUGCAUUUACAAGCAGCCCUCAGAAUAAGGUGCCCAGUAAGAUUUUGGGAGGAUUGAAUCCUUCCUCGUCCGUAAAUAGUGAGCUGUGGGGUGCUCCGAAACGUGGCCCACCUCCUGGUCUCUCCACCAAGAGCAAUUCCGUUGUCAAUGGUUGGGGAUCCAACAUCAGUUCUGCGUCCACUGGAUGGGGCGGCUCUCAACGAAGCAACUGGGUUAAUUCAAGCACAACCCCAUGGCUUCUACUUCGCAAUUUGACUGCCCAAAUAGAUGGGUCCACUUUGAGAACACUUUGCUUGCAGCAUGGACCAUUACAAAGCUUCCAUUUGUAUUUGCAUCAAGGAUUCGCCUUGGCCAAGUAUUCUACUAAUGAAGAGGCUGUUAAAGCUCAGAAUGCAUUGAACAAUUGCGUUUUGGGUAAUACAACAAUCCUCGCCGAGAAUCCUACCGACUGGGAGGCAACCAGUCUCUUGAGGGAGGUGGCCAACCAGCAGGGAUCUUCGGGCGGAUGGCGCGGCGGAUCCACCAAGCCGACUGCAGCCGACACUUGGAGCACAAGCUGGUCCAAUUCCUCGACGACCAGUUUGUGGGGCUCCUCCACGCUGGACACCGGUGAUCAAUCACGUGCUACACCGUCCAGUCUUCAAUCGUUCUUGCCAGAAAACCUUCUUGGCGGAGAGACGAUGUAAAAUGAGAAAAGAGAAACCCAAGCAACAACAGGUUUUCUAAUUUAAUUUGUUUUUAAAUAAUACUUUUGGGAGUUUUAAUUUAUUUAAAGAAAAAAAAAGAAACUUCUUAAGCAACACGUUUAUAAGAAUGCUAAUUUCUUUAUUACCUUAUUUAUUUCUGGAUAUAUAUUAUUUUCUUUUAAUCUGAGGAGUUUUCUUUUAUUCGGUUUGCGUUUACUGCAUAUUUUUUGUUAAUGUGGACGUGUUGCAUCUUAAGUUGAAAUUUUCUCCUAAAAGGCUAAAAAAAAAGAAAAUAUUAUAAGUUAGAAAAGAAAAACAAACAGCUCCGAUUGUGACUUAAAGACGCUCAAUUUCCACAGAAGCGCACUUGAAACUAGUCCCAUUCUUAUAUAACUCUAUAUAUAUAUAUUACAAAGUGAAAUCCAGCAAUACUUAAACAAAAAAAAACUAACAGAAUUUGUAUAAAUGAAGCCAAAUUAUGAUUACUUUUUUUUUUAUUCUGCGGGACUGGUUUUUUUGCCUCUCUAUAUAUUCUCAAUUUGCGACAAAUCUUUUGUUUUAUUUUGUUUUGUGUGUGUAUGUAUGUGAAGAGAAACAGGAAUGAUGUAACAUGUAACCCGAACUAGUCUUAUUAUUAUCUAUUAUUUAAACUACGCAAGGUUCU